GUCAGAGGUCAUGUGCUUCUCAAAAUAUGGCUGAAGGCACAGAGGUGUCGCUGAAGUUAGGAUUGCUCCAUCGUGCUGUGGUGUUUCUGCGUGUUCAUACUCUCUUCUACAGUUUUGUCAAAUUCCUGGACAGAACUUUGAGGUUAUGGGGGAUCACCAGCUGGUUGCCAUCAUGGUGCCCGACAUCUCAGAGCAAACUGGAAGAGGCAGGGGAGAGGAUGCUGCAGUACAUCCAGAGCAAGUUCUCCAAGCAGUUUGUCCACAUCUCUGGUGACAACAAGCUGUGGACGCUGGUGUUCAGUGACGGUGUGGAGCGUAAGACUCCUCUGGUGCUAGUGCAUGGUUUUGGUGGUGGAGUUGGUCUCUGGGCUAUGAACCUGGAUGCUCUGUCCCAGCAGAGGCCUGUGUAUGCUCUUGACCUGCUCGGCUUUGGUCAGAGUAGCAGACCUCAUUUCAGCACUGACGCCCAGGAGGCUGAAACACAGUUUGUGGAGUGCAUCGAGGAGUGGAGGGAAAAACUAGGCCUGGAGAGUGUAAUCCUGCUGGGCCACAACUUGGGAGGAUACCUGGUAUCAGCCUACUCAAUUAAAUACCCUUCCAGAGUAAAACAUCUGAUCUUGGUUGAGCCAUGGGGUUUUCCGGAGUGUCCAGAGGCUGGUGAACAGGACAGACCUGUUCCUGUAUGGAUUAAAGCCCUCGGGGCCAUCCUCAGCCCCUUCAACCCACUGACUGGCCUUCGCCUUGCAGGACCACUUGGUCCAGGUUUAGUGCAAAUUGUGCGACCCGACUUUAAAAAGAAAUAUUCUGCCAUGUUUAAUGACAACACAGUCACCGAGUACAUCUACCACCUUAAUGUCCAAAACCCAAGUGGUGAGACAGCUUUCAAAAACAUGACCAUUUCAUACGGCUGGGCCAAGCAACCCAUGCUGCGGCGCGUUGGCCUGAUUCACAGUGACAUUCCCAUUACCGUGAUCUAUGGGUCACGCUCCAGCAUAGAUGGCCACUCCGGCAAUUCAAUCAAAGAAAUGAGGCCAAAUUCCCACGUGGAGCUAAUUGCCAUACGAGGAGCAGGACACUAUGUAUUUGCGGACCAACCAGAAGAUUUCAACCAUAGGGUGCUCCAUGUGUGUGACACAGUGAGCUGAAGGGCGAUGAGGAAUGACUGUGGUUUUAUUAUUAUUAUUAUUAUUAUUAUUAUUAUUAUCAUGAUAUUCCCUUUUAAUACAGGCUUAAAGAGCUGGCCAGAGCGCCUCUGUAAAUCUGUAUGUAUUUGCAUGCCGCAGUGCAGCACUUAUCACCACGGUGUGUCCUUCAGCAGACCCACAUUUUGCUGAUAACUGGAAUUUUUUUUUUUUUUUUACAACGAACAACUGUGCUCAUUAAGAGAUUAGUGUUUGAUUGAUGCUGACUGUGUGUUAAUGAGUUAGUUAAUAAUAAUAUGAGCAUAUCUACUAACCUAUAUAGUCACUGAUAAAUAGGUUUAACUGUGUGCGCGCGUGUGUAUAUUUAAAGGGACAACAAUAAGCACAAUAAUGAUGAUUCUUCGGGUUGUGUACUGUAGCAUGCAGUAAAUCUAGAGUUUUGGUAUUAUGUGGCAAUAUCAAGGGUAUAAAUAGCAUCUGAAAUCACGCUAUUAAUUCCCAAUAAUGCAGACUGUAGGGACAGUUGAAUGUAAUCGAAAUCAUUUCAUUGAUACUUGAACCGAUAAAAAGUGCAAACAUAUAUAUUUCAAGGACAACCACUAAGUAUCCGGCCCUGUCCCAAUUCAGCAACUAUUAGAUGUUCUAAUAUUUAGGACGUGUCCCUUUCUACCUCACGAGUAACAUAACUUCUGUGCCUAGGAAACAGGAGCAGUGUUCACUUUACAUUUGAAUGUUUGUUUUGUCCAAUUUGUGAGCUGUGCUUUUAUUUUACUUUUGGUACACAACUGAGGUAGAAAGAUUUUGCAAUACAGUAGGAAGGGAAUGAUUAUGUAACUUAGUGUGUGUGUGUGUGUGUGGCUUUUUAAAAAAAAUAUAUUUACUGGUUAAUUUUAACAUAACUGUUCAAAUUCAUUGCAAAUGCCAAUAAGGGAGCAAUCAUACAGUAAUUACUGUACUCCGUUCCCAGUAAAUUAAGUCUUUUGAAGAUGCUCUGUGUGUGCAUGAGUGAAAUUAAUUUCGUGGAGGAUGGUGUGUGUAGAUUUGUUUAUUGUUUGUGUAAUAACUAGUAGAAUUAUUUUCUACUUGUCCAUAUAGCUCUGAGGAGUGCAUGGUUUGUGUUCUAGACUGAUCUGGAUUAUUCAUUUCUGUGAAGGAAAAUAGGAGCUACUGUGUUUUUACAAAAAGGGUUGCUUGCACCUAAUAAAUUUCUCCAAUAA